AUGACGUCUCAAUUCCCCACAAAGAAGUGCGGCGUCCUCGGCGCAACUGGGUCGGUUGGCCAGCGCUUCAUCCUCCUUCUCCAGCAGCACCCAUCCUUCACUCUCGUCGCAGUCGGCGCUUCAUCCCGGUCCGCCGGUAAGGCCUACAAGGAUGCCGUGCGCUGGAAGCAGUCCUCCCCUAUGAUCCAGUCCGUCGCCGACCUGGUGGUCCGCGAGUGUCGCCCGUCCGAGUUUGCAGACUGCGACGUCGUCUUCUCGGGCCUCGACUCGGACGUGGCUGGUGAGGUCGAGAUGGCGUUCCUCAAGGCGGACCUGGCCGUCUUCUCCAACGCCAAGAACUACAGGCGCGACCCGCUGGUCCCCCUCGUCGUGCCCACCGUCAACCUGCCGCAUCUGAGCAUGAUCCCGCACCAGCGCAAGCACCACGGGCUGGGCAAGGGUUUUCUGGUUUGCAACAGCAACUGCGCCGUCAUCGGGCUCGUCAUCCCCUUUGCCGCGCUGCAGGCGCGCUUCGGCCCCAUCGAGACUGUCUCCGUCGUCACGAUGCAGGCCGUCUCGGGCGCCGGCUACCCGGGCGUCUCGUCCAUGGACAUCAUUGACAACGUGGUGCCCUAUAUCGCCGGCGAAGAGGACAAGCUCGAGAGCGAGGCCCGCAAGAUCCUCGGCGGCAUCAACGCCGAGGCCACAGCCUUCGAGGAGCAGACCUCGAUGCGUGUCAGCGCCAGCUGCAACCGCGUCCCUGUGCUCGACGGCCACAUGGCCUGCGUCUCGCUGCGCUUCGCAAACAGGCCUCCGCCACCUCCCGAGGCCGUCAAGGCCGCAAUGGCCACCUACGUGAGCGAGGCCGAGUCGCUGGGCUGCCCGUCGGCGCCGUCGCCGUCCAUAAUGGUGUUUGAGGAGGCGGAUAGGCCCCAGCCCAGGCUCGAUAGGGAUCUGUCGAGGGGCUAUACUGUAAGCGUUGGUCGGGUCCGCGAGGACGAUAGCGGAAUCUUUGACAUCAAGUUUGUCGCGUUAAGCCAUAACACCGUAAUUGGAGCAGCAGGAUCUUCCAUUCUGAAUGCCGAGGCAGCCGUUCUGAAGGGCUACCUGUGA